GCUGCCGUGGUAUUGCACAGCAUUUAAUUGAACCUCGGACAGUGAUUGUCUGCUAGUUGGUCGCUGGGCUUGGUACGUGCUGGCAGCUGAAGCUCGACUGUCCUCUUGAAUUAAGACGACUUAACUUCGGAUCUCCCGGAACUUUGAGAGAAACCAAAUUCCAAGGCGUCGUGUGAACUUCCAAGAUGUCAGACUUCAGAAGGAAGAAGCUGCUUCAUGUAUUCAACGUUUUCUUCGAUGUAAACCACAGCGGAACUAUUGAGAAGAAAGACUUUGAACUGGCUAUUGAGAGGAUCCGUAAAACACGGGGGUGGAAGGAGUCUGACCCCAAGUACUCGGAGACCAAGGACAUCCUGUUGAAAGUGUGGGACGGGCUCCAGCAGAAGGCCGAUGCCAACAAGGACGGUCAGGUCAGCCACGAAGAGUGGGUGUCCAUGUGGAAUGAUUACGCUAAGAACCCAGAAAAGGCACUGGAGUGGCAGAACCGUUACAUGAAUUUCAUGUUUGACCUUGAGGAUUCUUCAGGCGAUGGAUCCAUCGAUGAGGAAGAGUUCAAGUCUCUCUGCGUUAGUUAUGGUCUGAAUCCUCAAGACAGUGCUGAAGCAUAUAAUAAAUUCACUUCUAACAAGACUGUUGAUAUCACACGCGAAGUGUUUGCCGGUCUAUGGAAACAGUUCUUUGCUUCAGAAGAUCCCAAUGCACCUGGAAAUUACAUCUUUGGCAAAGUUCCCCUUUAAUAACCUCUCGUUGUCUCUCUUCAUUCCACACAACAUUUCAUGAUGUAACGUCUUGGCUUGACCAAGUCGCAGAAGGAUGGCUCAACCUAAACUAAUUUUGAAAGUUAUCCAGUGCGUGCAAAGAGAAAUUUAAAUUGUUGAUCAAAUUAAUGAUUUAGGCCUUCAGAAACCACCACAAAAUAUUAAUACUGUUAUUAUAGACAUACUUUGUGGAAAGAAAGAGAAGCCAUGCUUAUUGCAUCUUAAGGGGAAGCACACAUCUCUAUGGAGCUGGAAUCCAUGAAAUCACAGAGGCAUAGCAAAUAUAUUUGCCCCACAUCAUAAAAAGUAUUGAUAAUAAUAGUAAUAAUAAUACACAGAUUUAUCAACUAUUUCUUCAUGGUUUAUUACUGGUGCACCCUGACUUUCACGAAACUAACGAAAUAAGAAAUUGUUCUGUAGUUUUCUGGGGUGAAUGUUGUAAGUGUCAGAAAAUGUUUGUUUAUAACUAUCUUUGUAACAUCAUCGGCGUUAAUUAUAAGUACAAUGUAAAUGCUGGUACGCAAUGUCAAUAAGAAGUAGGAGACUCUUUAGAAGUGGGUUGUGCCUCUUUGUCGUGGUCCCAACCAAUCUUAAUAUGCACUUGCACAAUCAUUUGAUCAAAAGAAAUGUUUAUUAAUAUUUUCUGAAUGUUACAAUUAAUGUAAUGUGUUCCUAUGGAAUGCCUGGUACUGAUGUGGCAACUGUCAGCUUCUGAACUAUCGCCUGUACCCUGUUAUCAUGUUCAAACAUUAUUGAGAGAAAUUAUAAGCAUUAUGUGAAAUCGGAGGUUUUCGUGGUGGGGACGAAGAAGCAAUGUUCUUCUGGAACUGAAUGUUGGAUGCCAAUGGCAAAAACCCAGAGGAAUAUCAUCGUAAUUACAAGUAUUAAUUCACAAAUUUACUAUGCAUAUUUGCAGUUUAGGAAUAAUAUAAAUAAAAGUGGUGUUGGGAAUUGGGCUUGUAAAAUCACGAAGGUGCGACAGGGACUGGCUGACGAAUAUGAACCUGUGGUAAAAAUCCUCUGUACCAUGGCAUACAGGAAAUAAUUUCUGUACAUUAUAUACAUAAAAUCUGAAACAAAUGUGGGAAAUUAAUAAAAUGGCAUAAUGUUUCUGUUUUAA